AUGCUUGGAAGAGGGUGUGUAUUUAGCACGUAUGUAGGGAAGAAGGAGUUUCAGUCGGGAAGAUCUAGGUUCGUUACAAUUAAGAGACCACGCAGGUUGUUCCUUUGCUGUGAUAAUGGAACGCACUCCUAUACGUGUAAGGGGGGGGGCAGCCAUACGGAGAGGAGAUACACAACGAACAGAAGUGCCCAACUAGGGUUAGUACAUUUUUACAGAAAGUACUUAUCCCUAGAUAAAGGUGUUAUGCUGCAGGAUGGUGAGGGAAGGAAGCACAAUGGCACCUCCAAAAUGGUAAAUGUUAUGAAAUUCCAUACAGCCAAAAUGGUAAAAAUUAAGAAGGAAAGCAGGGUAGAGGAAAGCAGUGUCUCUGUGACAGAGUCCAUCCAAGUUGAAUUCGGUCCAGCGAAAGAAACCAACAAAGGUUUAAUUGUCCUUACUGAUGAAGGAGAAAAAUGCAAAAAGUAUGGGUUCUCCAGGACGGAGGGUAGCAUCCCCUUCUGCGGAGCUGUUACCGCUGGGGAGUUCAUAAAAAGAGAAGAACAGAUCCAGGAAACAGACAGUAGUAAUAUAAAUAAGAAGGGAAGUACCCACAUGGGGAUCUACCCCUACUUGACUGGUUAUCUUGAAUUGUCAAAAUUUAAAUUGACUCUGUGGGUAAGCAUGAGUAGCACUUUUGGCUAUUUCAUGCUAGGGGGGUCUAACUUAACCGAACUUGCCUCCCUAGCCAUGGGCGUAUAUCUUUGCAGCAGUAGCGCCAAUACGUUUAACCAAAUCAUCGAAAGGGACAUAGACCGAAUAAUGCAGCGUACUAAACGAAGGCCACUGGCAUGUAAUAAUAAGCAAAUAUCCUUGAGGAAUGCAAAAAUAUUUGGUACUUUGACAGCCAUCACAGGAUCGGCCAUAUUGUACCAUUUAAAUAACCCCAUGACAGCUCUACUUGGCAUACUUAACAUAAUGCUCUACGCAUGUGUGUAUACACCCUUAAAACGGAGAACACCAUACAACACGCACGUAGGGUCAAUCGUUGGUUCGAUUCCCACUCUAAUGGGUUGCACAGCGGUGUCGCAAAACUUACUUGUCCCCGAACCAUGGAUACUAUUCAUUACACAGUUCUUGUGGCAGUUUCCGCAUUUCUAUUCGAUAGCCUAUUUAUAUAAAGACGAUUAUUUAAAAGGGAAAUAUAAAAUGUUUCCCCUCCAGGAUAAACAGAAUGGAUUAUACACAGCCAAGUUGUGUAGUCCAUACUUAAUUCUUUUAUCAUCGUUACCUUUUUUGUUUUUUUUUUGUGGAUACACUUCUUACAUGUACACUUUGACCUCCCUAUUGCCCAAUCUUUACAUAUUUUACAAGUUCCAGGCCAUUUUACGAAAUCCUUCCAAGGGAAACAUUCGCUCAUUUUUUAAACACUCCCUGUGGCAUAUCAUUAUCCUGCUAGCUUUGACAUCCUACCACACACAGAUUCCGGAUAAUAGCAGAAGAAGGGAAGAAGCGAGUGCAGAGAAAAAUGAAUGUGACAUUCCCAGGAAUGAGGGCAAACCAGAGGAGCUUACCGAUACCCCCGAAUAUGCAAUUACGAAAUUUAAGAAGCGGCUUCUCAAAUUCUGUGUAGUUUUUUCAUAG